ACAUCAGACAAACAAAGCGCAUGCACUCUUGCGUGUGAUUUGGAUUAUUGCACGAAUUUGCACGCAACGGCUCCAUCAUGGAAGAUGAACCUGCUGUUCUGAGGACUCUUCAAGAUGAUGGAGCGUACAGCCGGUUUCUGUCCGCCGACUUUGAUGUUAACCGGGAGGCGAGCACGCUGCUCCAGUCGGCGGCGCUUUCCGAGCAGCUGGCACACAUCACUAAAGGUAUCGCGCUGCUGGACUCUGAGAUCGCCGAUCAGGUGAACGAACACUACGAGGACCUUCUGUCACAGGCCAGCGGAACCGGAACGCUCGAUGACGUGCUGCAGACCAUGCUGGCCAAGAUUCAGGCACUGCUGGCGGCCGUGGAGCGGCUCCGGUCGCGGGUCGAAGAGCCGUACCUGAAGAUCGCCUCCCAGAGUGUGAUGCUCUCCCGACUGCACGCCGCCUGCGACAUGCUGCGCCGUCUGAUCCGGCUGCAGCAGCUCAGCCGCCGGCUGCAGGCGCAGCUGCGCGGAGGGCUGAGGGAUAUCACCAAAGCGGCCAAGACGCUCAGCGAACUCGACGAGACCGUCUCGGACGUGGACCUGACCGGUCUGGAGGUGUACGAGCGUGAGCAGCGUCAGAUCCGCGCCGGCCGCCAGUCGGUGGAGAAACAGGCGGCUGGACUACUGCAGCGAGGCAUGGAGUCGCUCAACCAGUCCCAGGUGGCCACGGCCCUGCAGGUGUGCCACAGCCUGGGCUCGCUGCAGCCGACGGUGGACGGCCUGCUUACUGACACCAGGGACCGGCUGCAGACGCGACUCACCGACGCCCUGCGACUCGAGUCGGUGCUGGCCGCGUCAUCGGGCCCGGGCACGGCCGCCGGCCGGCCCGGCGCCGCCGCCCUGCCCAGUAACACCGUCACCUUCCGCGCCGCGCUGUGGAACAACCUGGAGCGGCUGGCCGAUCACAUCUACGGCGCCUGCGCACAGAUCCAGCACAUUCACAAGGUGCUGAGCAAGAAGCGCGAUCCGGUAACCCAGGUGUGUUUUAUCGACGAGGUGCGCUCUGCACAGCUGAUGCCACUAUUCUGGCAGGAUGUCACAGCCAUGAUCCGCACAGAGUUCGUCAAGGCCGCUGAAGGACAGACGUUCAUCCGGCAGGCGUUUGAGGGUGAGUAUCCGAAGCUGGUACGGCUCCACCAGGACCUGUGGACACGGCUGCAGCAGUUCGCCACACCGCCGGCCGCCGACGGGCAGCCCCAGUUCAAUCCGGAGAGCAGCCUGCGCGAGGCGCUGGCGCCGUUUGAGCGCGCCUACCUGUCCCGGUCGCUGAGUCGGCUGUUUGACCCCGUCAACCUGAUGUUCUCGGCCGAGACGGUACCGGCACGGGAGGAGAUUGACGCCGUCGUCCGCACCGUCGCCAACGAGCUGACGGUGUCGGGCGUGGACCCGUCUCUGUGCCUGCUGGUGGCCCGGAACGUGGCCAAGACUGUGCAGCUGUUCUGUGUCAAGUGUGAACAGCUGCUGGUGACGGACGGAGACGCCAGCCAGGUCAUCGGCCCGAUGUCGCCCGGUCAGACGACCAACGUGCAGCUGGUGAACGUGCUACAGACGUUCGAGGCGCAGCUGCGCCGCCUGCUGGCCGGCCAGCCGACACUGGCGGCCGAGGCGCGAGACGCCGUGCUAGCUUCGCUCGAGGGCGUCGGGAGUUUGAUGAGGAGCGGGAUCCAGCCGCUGGUCACCUCCAUCGCAGAGGCCAUCGAGGCCAUCAUCCUCACCAUGCACAACGAGGACUUCUCCGGGGAGGAAGAGUCGAGUGGCGGCGAGUCCAACUGUUCGCUCUAUAUGAAGGAGCUACAGACGUUCAUAUCACGCGCAGUGGACGACUACCUAGCACCGUUCAACUGCAAACCGCUCAUCACUGCCAGUAAGCUGGAGCUGGGCCGGCGCGCCGUCGAGCUGUUUGUCCGUCACGCGGCUCUGGUCCGGCCGGUGGGUGCUGCCGGUCGACUCCGGCUGGCUGCCGACUGCGCUCAGCUCGAGCUGGCCGUGGCGCCGCUCUGUGAACGGCUGGCCAGUCUGGGGACGGAGUACCGCGUGCUGCGCGCCUUCAAACCGCUACUCUUCCAGACGCCGGAGCACAUGGCGCAGUCGCCGGCGCUGGGCGAGGUGCUGCCCUACAGUCUGGUGGUGCACCUGCUGUUCGCGCGCGGCCCGCCCGAGCUCCGCUCCCCCCACCACACGGCCAGCUGGUCGGUGAGCCGCUACUCGGCCUGGCUCGACGAGCACCGCGCCGAGCGAGAGCGGCUCCAGCUGCUGACGGGAGCGCUGGACGCCCACGUACAGGCGGUGCGCGCGCAGGGUGGCACCAGCUUCGCGGACGUGUAUCCGGUGAUGUUGGAGCUGCUGCAGCGGGGCACUGCCGCGCUGGCCGCCAGUGAUCGGUAGGUACCGCCGCACUAGCUGUCUCUGGUCGGCGGGCACGGCCGUGCUGGCCGCCUGAGAGAGCCCACGGUGCGUACCGCCAGUUUUUUUUUUUUUUUUGUUAUUUCACCGCCGCGCUGUGGAUGGCUUCUGUGGGAAAUUAUCGAACGGAGGGGGCGUGACGGGAGCGAGCCGUCCUACACUGGCUGGCACACUGCCCUAUUCGGGUGUCGGGCAUUUGUUAUUGUUGAGCAUGUCCGUCAUUCCAAUUGUAUGCUGUGGGGCUGAACUUCGUGAACUUUAUGAACUUGGUGAGCACGUUUGGUGAUGAUCACUAUCUAAUGUCUAUUUAUAUGAAGCCUGUGUGAGUUGUGUGUGCUUGAAGUCGUUGCUCACUAUAACGCAGCAACUGGCGAGCUGAUUUGCAAUAUAUUUGACGGAAAUCCCA